AUGGCAGCCAGCUAUUCAUUAGAAACAUUCAGUCUCAUCAGGAAAUGCAAGAUGAGGGUCAUAAGAGAGACUCGACUCUUCUGCAUCUAUCUCUUUCUCUUCCUCUCUUUCUCUCCCUCUCUUUCUCUCCCUCUCUUUCUCUCUCUUUCGCUCACAGUUUCUCUCUUUCUCUCACUUUCUCUCCCUCUACCCCUUUUCUCUCUCAUCUCUCUUUCACUUCCUCUCUUUGUCUCCCACUCUUUCUCUCCCUCUCUCACUUUCUCUCCCUCUCACUCUCCUUCCUAUACUUCUCUCUUUCACCCCUCACUCUCCACUCUCUCUUUCUCCCCAUCUCUUUUCUCUCCCUUUUUCUCUCUCCCUCUUUAUCUCUCCCUCUCGAUUUCUCUCUCUCUCUUGUUCACAUUUCCUCUCUCGCUCUCCCUCCCAUCCCUCUCUCUUUCGUUCACACCUUCACUUCCUCUCUCUCUCUCUUUCUCUCCCCCUCACUUCUCUACCUUUCUCCCCUCUCUCUCUCUCUAUUUCAUUCACAUUCUCUCCUCUCUCACUUUCUCUAUUUCUACCUCUUUCUCUCCCCUCUCUUCUUAUCUCCCUCGUGUUUUCGCUCCCUCUUUAUCUCUCCCUCUCUCUCUCUUUCGCUCACACUUUCCCUCUCUCUAUCUCACCUGUCACUCUUUUCUCUCUCUUUUGGUCACACUUUCUCUCCCUCUGUCUCUUUCUCUACCCUCUCACUUUCUUGACCUCUCCCUCUUUCUCUCACUUCUCUUUUUCUCUCCCUCUAUUUCGCUCCCUCUCUCUUUCUCUUUCUCUUUCACUCACACUUUCUCUCUCGUUUUUCUUUCUUUCUCUCUCUCUCUCUCUACGUAUUUUCUCUUUAAUAAAUUGUUUUCUUAUGUUUUCUUUUCUUUCUUUCUUUCUUUCUUUCUUUCUUUCUUUCUUUCUUUCUUUCUUUUCCCUAUCACUAUUUUUUUCUUUUUCUUCAUUCUUUCUUUCUUUCUUUCUUUCUUUCUUUUAUUUCUUUUCGUGGCCAAUUUUCUUUUUUCUUUGCACUAUCAGAGAACUCAUUAA